UGUUGGGCGAGCCGGUCCAACAUGGCAGACACCUGUGUAUGAAAAACGACUCGCGGGGCUGAGAACUCGCUGUUUUCGUGAUGUAGCCGUUUCUCACUGGAAUCUUUCUCUUAUUCCACCUACGAAAACAAGGCUCAACCAAGAUGGCUGCCACACAGGCCUUACCGCUGUCGCACUACUACAAGGAGACGCAGGGCAUGGACUACCUCGGUGGGAGCUUCAAGUCGUCGGAGCUGUUCAACCCUCUCCAGAGCCCACAGCGCCCAACCGUAAACGAAGUCAGUUUUGAGAAGUACCGAGCGCUUGUUGAGAAGAACACGAAGGCGCCCUGGGGCCGCGGGAAGCUGGAGUAUGGCGGGGAGAGGCCGGUACAGCUGCCGGACGAGUACAGGCCGAAGGGCGAGCCGCCCACCGUGGUGCAAAAAACACACAGGCACUACGGCAGUGGAGCGGACGGGUUUCCACGAGGUGUACCGAUACAGCAGUACUACGACUUGACUCAGUUGAAGAGGAGUAACGUGCGAUGGAACGACCAACUGUUAACCAACCCGCAGAAGAGCAACAUGGAGACUGUGAUGGUCGACCUGCCGUUCCCUGCGGAACACCCCUACGCGUCGCACAUCCCCCGGUACGCGGUCAUCCCGAAGUUCGACUCUCCGGACGACCCGAAGCGCGGCGUGCGCGCCCGGAGGGACCAGCCUCUGCACCAUGAGACGCCCGCCACGCCGCACAACGUACGCAUCAACAGCAAGAGCAGAGGAGGUCCGUAUCGCUGGGAGACGCAGGACCUGCCUUCGGAGGGCCACAAACGGGCGCUAACCUGGCCAGGAGACGAUUUCUACCACUUGGUGAAGUAUCCGCCAGACGGCGGUCGUCAGCAGUACUACCCCAUCCCGCCCAAGCUGGUGCUGCCGAACCUGACGGAGCGGCCUCUGGAGAAGACCCUGGAUCCGCGCACCGCCACUGCCCUGAGGAACGUGGAGAAGUCACAAUGGCAGACCACGUACAAACGGAACUUCACAGGUUACGGACCGAGUAACGAGCUUCACCUCGACAACUACCACGAGAACAUGGUGAAGAGCAUGGUGCAAGGGAAGGAGGUGGACGAUCUGAAACCCGCCACCGUGCCCGUGUUCUUCCCACCUCGCCCGCUAGAGGGCCGGAUCUCGCGGGAAAUCGGACCUGCCGUCCGCCUGAAGCACAAACUGGAGCCCGCGCCGGGGACGGGAUCGGGUGAGGGCGAUGAGGAGAACCAGCAAGUCGAGCGGCAGUACCUCAACUACCCGCAGUACCCUCCCGGCGAUCCGAGAAACGAGGAAGAGUGGAGAAUCGUUGAGGAUCAGAGCAACCCUGACCACAACCUGCAGCUGGUUGAACAUCAGCAGCGACUGACAACUCCGAUACCGCACCAGACGGCCUCAGUAGCGCAGCCACCGGAGAAACCCUCUCCGUACUCGAAAGGACUGAAGGAGACGCUGGAGGGAGAGUUUCGGGAGCUGGAGAAGACCAACAGGUACACUCUGCUGUCGACGCAAACGCCGCAACACGACAUCGUGGCGUCGCACCACAAGUCUGAGCUCGUGAACACGGCCACCAAACCGAAGGUGUUCGUGGAACACCACACGGGCAUGUACAGGGACAGAGACCCGUACAUUCACUCCGUACAAGAGAAAGUCAGCGACGCCUUGGUAGGCGACUACGCUACCAAGAUAUCUGACAUGGGAAAGGUAGCGACUCUUCACGAUAGACAGUUAACACCGGGGUACGGAGAAAUCGUCGCGUCCAGAGGGUCUGGUCCACUCGACUUACCAGAGCCAGAGAAGCCCUCCUUAGCGAGUUACACUGUAAGGCAGAACCCGUACAGCCUGAGCGAUCCCAUGACGAAAAAGCCUGAUAUGACACCUCGGCACGAGAAAAUGUCUAAAGCCUCCAGCCUCCCGCCAGGCGCCAAGCUAACAGGUCCCUACUACGAUGAGCCCAACCGACUCAACGAAACGUCCCACUCCAGGCGGACAAGCGAGUACGUAGACCGCUUCAGCUCCCUUCAACCGCAGGCCUCAUUUGGCAGCCCCAAACCACAUCUCUCCUACGACAAACCCGUAACGGCCCAGUCUGAUCCUACACCUUACACGGAAAGGAACAAUGUUCUCUACGAUCCACGGUUAGAAGCUGAGUUCUCCCGACUGACGUGGCGACCGGGUACGGGCACCCCGCGACCGCAGACGUCACUCCUCAAGAUACAGGACUCUUUCUCAAAGACUGACGCUCACAAGAAGUUUCACCAGAGCUUCGAAGACAAGCAAGUGGACCUCAGAGAUAACUCGCCCAUAGGGAAGAGCAACAAGCACUAUUUCAGUGGUUUCAAUGCUUACUACUGGCAUAACUAAUAGGGAACUUUGCAUGAUCUGAAGUGAAAAUACUAGCUAUGAGUGAAAACAUGCAUUUAAGGUAG